GUUUCCCUCUACGUCAAGUACCUACUAUUGCAUGUCUUUAAUCACCAUCCUCCAACCCCCCUACGCACUGCCCUUACUCGCCUUCUUGCGCCUUUAGCUGCAUUCUGCUUAUCUUUGCAGUUUUACAACUUUCUCAAACUUUACUUUUCUGAUUUAUACCCUUUCUUGGGUACACGUCUUCUUGUCUUAUACCCAGUAGGGGACUAUUGUGUUACUUUUGACGUUGGUUCGUUGUUUUUGAGGAACAUACCUAUACCGACGCCAUUGAUCCCAACAGACACCAUACGAAGUCACCGACGUGACGCAGACCGACGAACAGUUUCCCAGCAGGAGUAUGCAUUGAUCGGUUCACCAUAUCCUGUUUUGGCCUGCACUCGCCAACCGAAAUGGACACUCUCGCCCCAACACCCUCCACGCCCUCUCCUCAGCUUUCCUCCGCUGUACCUGGCCUCGCCCACGAGGUGGAACAUGAAGAGCUCUCCCAGAGUACCAGUCAAAACCAAGUCUUCGAAUCCCCAUUGCUGAGAGAAUCGCAAACUCCAGCACCACAGCUCUCGUCACAGCUGUCCGGAGAGGUGGAGAGACAUCCAAAGGGGAAGAGAAAACGAACUACAGCAAAAGACAAAGCCAUACUCGAGGCAGCCUACAAUGCGAACCCCAAACCCGACAAGGCAGCGCGUCAAGACAUCGUGAACCGCGUCUCCUUAAAUGAAAAAGAAGUUCAGAUUUGGUUCCAAAACCGCCGACAAAACGAUCGCAGGAAAUCACGUCCCUUGUCCCCUCAGGAGAUAGCCGCGCUUCGAUACGGCGGUAUGCAAAUACUGUCCUCAGACAACACCCUUCCUGUGUACACCUCCGAGCCGGAGAAUACCUCGCCCAUCCAGGUUGUUUCAAGUUUAGAUCAGGAAUACUCCUCGCCUCGGGAGGUUGCCUCGCCUAGCAAACUCGACGACCACGAGACCGAGCAGAACCACGAAGACACGCUCCACGAGGACACGCUCCCCCUACCAGAACCGCAAAGCCAACCUCAAGAGGAGCAACAAAGCUUGCCUCACCCUGUAUACGCGACUCCUGCCCAAAAGCAAAGACACGCCGGUGACGACGACUCCCUCCUAAUGUCUCAGCAUUUGCCGAGCUCGGUUGGCUAUCUGUCCAACCGAUGGAACUACCCAGCCCACUCCCACGUUCUAUCAACGCCUAUCAGCUUUGACCGAGGAGACGAUUCCUUCAACAACUUCCCUCCUUCAUCAUGUUCGUCUUCGACCUCUGCGCUCCGUCCGCGCCUGUCGACGGGUCUGGACGGCAAGGCAGAAGUCAUCACCUCCCCGCCACAGAAUCCUGCCAGCCUCCCGCCAUCAGAGCUGCAAUCAUUUGACUCGGCAUGCCGACCCAGCUACCAACGUGGCCCCAGUGAAUCUCCAGUUACUUUACCACCCAUCUCCACCAUUACUAGUAGUCUUCCUUCAUCUCAAAAUGCUGCCCCAUUGCUGCCUCGCCUUGCACGCGGAAGGUCUCGCGACGUUCAUGCCUGGGAGUUCGCUUGUGACGCGGAAAACUGCGAAGACGCGCUGACGGUGCAAGCCAAGCACGAGAGUCGUGGCUCAGCAAUCGCAGCCAUCAGUCUGCUGCGGUCGACGACUUCCAGUACCGCUGGCGGCAGCCCAUUGCAACUGAGCAGGAGCAACAAGCGUAACGCCAGCAUUAGCCGGAUGACUCCCCGAGCGGACAGUUCGACCAAGAAGCCCCGACUGACAAAAGGGCUGGAUGCCACCGGAAGGCUAGAGACGCCCAACAAUAACAACACUUGGGCGGGAAAGAGACAGUCUUUUACAGCAGACACGCCGGCGGAUUUCAGUCACAACACCAAACCCAAGUCCUCAUCCCUAUUCAUCUCCCCACAAGGCAACGAGUCCGACAAGGAGAACUGGAGCCCAGACGAGAACGGAAACCCUCGCUUUUCCUACCACCCACCUUCAUCCGCCAUUCGACCAACAAACCGGCGACUCCUCCCUUCCGGCCCCUUGUCAUCGUCAAUUCACGAUAAGGCGACAAAUCCCCGCCGAACACCGGCCCGCCAUGCUCUAAUAGAGUCCAGCCCAUCGUUUUCAUUAUCCGGCAACCGUACCAACACCGGCCCUCUUGACGGCGGUGGCAGGGGGCAGCACUACCGCGGAGGAGAUAAGCGUGGCGGAGGAGGUUCUGAGCUAAGGAUUUACGAAGACUUUGUUGUUGCGACAACGGAACAUAACACUCCCACCGCUUCCCGUCGUGCUCCUCCUUUCGAGGAUGAUGGCUCGGACGAGGUCGAGCGGUUUAUGCGUGGCGAAAUUAGUCCGAGUAAGAAGGGGGAUGCGGAUGCUGUUGCCGGACUGCUUUCAUUGAGUCAGGGGAACUGGCGAUGAUUCUGGCCUAUCUGGAGAUCUGCCGAACUUCAUUAUAUCUUCCAGUCGACGCUUCAAUGCGGAUUUGCUUCGGGCGGCCAAGCGAAGUUGCUAUAGGCGGUCUUCUCUGGCUCCUUUGUUGCUAUCUUACAUGUCAAAUUUGUGUUAACAACACCUUUUACAUGUUCCCGGUUGCCCGGCGUUCAGAUGCCAUAACACAAUAACAGGAAUGGGAGUGGAGGACGCCGCUCUUUCGUUGUAUUCAUACGCACACCAUAUUUGUGCCGGCGCGUGUCUGUAUAUACUCCGUCCUGUAUAAGAGUAAGCGGACGAGGAAGGGAAACCCCAUGUGAAUAAUAUUCUGUAAACCAAUCAGAUAUACCAGAUAAAUGUUUGAUAAUGUGACCCC